AUGUCGACUGACCUUGCGGACCUCGGCAUGACCACCUGGCUUGAGAGUUGCCAAGAUCGUCCCGGCUGGAGACGAGUUGCGAGUAGCACUCCGCCGCCACAGCCCGCUCCUGAUCCUCUUCUCUGUUAUGGUGACACACCAUUACAUAUUGCAGCACUGAUUGGUAAUGUUUCCGUAGCAGAUUAUCUACUUAAUUCUGGACAUUCGUUGGAACCAAAGAAUGAUCAUGGUAACACACCAUUACAUGAGGCAGCAGAGAGAGGUCAUGUUUCUGUAGUAGAAUAUCUUCUCACUUCUGGACAUUCGUUGGAACCAAAGAAUAAUGAAGGUGACACACCAUUACAUGUUGCAGCAGAGUAUGGUCAUGUUUCUGUAGUAAAAUAUCUUCUCACUUCUGGACAUUCGUUGGAACAAAAGAAUAAUAUUGGUAGUACACCAUUACACCGUGCAGCAUCCGGAGGUCAUGUGUCCGUACUAGAAUAUCUACUUAAUGCUGGACAUUCAUUGGAAGCGAAAGGUCCGGAUGGUAACACACCAUUACACUAUGCAGCAUGUCAUGUUUCCGUAGCAGAACAUCUACUUAAUUCUGGACAUUCGUUGGACCCAAAGGAUAAUGGUGGUGACACACCAUUACAUGAUGCAGCACGGAGAGGUCAUGUUUCCGUAGUAGAAUGUCUUCUCACUUCUGGACAUUCGUUGGAACCAAAGAAUAAUGAUGGUAAGACACCAUUACAUAUUGCAGCACGGGAAGGUCAUGUUUCCGUAGCAGAUUGUCUACUUAAAUCUGGACAUUCGUUGGAACCAAAGGAUGAUAGUGGUCGGACCCCAUUACACACUGCAGCAUGGAAUGGUCAUGUUUCCGUAGUAGAACAUCUACUUAAUUCUGGACAUUCGUUGGACUCAAAGGAUAAUAUUGGUUACACACCAUUACAUGAUGCAGCACGGCGUGGUCAUGUUUCCGUAGUAGAAUGUCUUCUCACUUCUGGACAUUCGUUGGAACCAAAGAAUAAUCAUCAAGAAACUCCAUUGCACGUAACCUGUAGCUUUGGCACGCCGGAGGUUAUAGAAUUUCUGCUUCAAAAGGGUUCAGAUCUUUUUGCCUUGAGAGAGGACAACAGUACAUGCCUGGACUCUGCAGUAGCAAGUGGUGACAGCGAUUACGCUGAGCCUGCGGCUAGACUACGGGCAAUUAUCCGCCAUCUUGAGAGCAAGUAUCCAGAGAAGCAGGAGAAGGUAAUGGAAAUUGUUCGACAUGCCGCUGACAAGGAGACCGCUGUGCCUCGAAACCGUCGUUUUCUUCAGACUUACCUUCAGCUGGAGGAAUUUUAUUCCGAAGGCCAAGUGCACGCUAACACGCUAGUUGUUCUAGUUAGCGGGGAACAACUUGUUGGGAAGUCCACACUAAUCAAGACAUUGAGAAAAGAAGAAAACAAUGGCACAUCAAACGACUCGAAACGAACCCGAGGCAUCCAGAUGUCCAACUUCACUGAUGAGCGUGGUCAGCAUUUGCGUAUCAAAGAUCUCGCUGGGCAGGAUGCGUUUUCAGCGACACACGACAUUUUCUGCCUAUCCACAUCAGUACCAAGCCUCGGUCUUGCUGUUGUCAAUAGCAAAUGGGACGCGAAACUGAUGACAACAAGCAUAACCACCACAGCUGGUCGGUUUUUGAGCCGGAUGCCACCAACGGUAACAUCAGACCAGCCGUUCAAUGUCAUGAUAAUUGCGACCUUCCGCGACGAGAUCAAGAAAGAGGAUCAUGGAGAACUUGCUGCAAAGCUUGCCACAAGCUAUAGUAGUGUCAAGAAGGAGUUUGGUGAUAAACUCCACUUUCGAGGACGCUUUGCUAUCAAUGCCACCGUCAAUGACGCAGACUUCGAUCGCCUGAGAGUAAAACUUUCUGAGGUCUGCAGAGAUAUCCUGAGCAAAUCUCGCAAGCAACCCAAAGUGCUCGGCCAGGCAGAGGAAGUACUGGCACAACUUCAUCAAAACAUCCGAGAGCCAUUCUCAACAAAUCUGGAGUUCUGUCGACAGCUUUGUGCGGCUACCGCUGUAGAGUAUGAUGCCGAUUUCGAUGACGACGACGACGACGACGACGGCGACGUCCACGACGACGAGGACGACGAGGACGACGACGACGACGACGACGACGACGACGACGACGACGAUGAUGAUGAUGAUGAUGAUGAUGAUGACGAUGACGUUGACGAGGAGAACAGCAUCCACAUCGAACAAAUCCGUCGAUAUCGCAGGAUCCUCAAUGCCUAUGGUCUCAUUGUUUCUUUCUCAUCACCUGAGCUGGACGACAUCAUUGUUAACCGACCCAACUGGUUGCUAUCCACGGUCAUUGGUCUCAUUUUCGCACCACCUGGGCUAGACGAUGAAGAUAUGCUUCACUUCAAAGAUGGUGUUGCAAAGGUCCAGGACGUCCUGGCCAAGCUUAACCGCUGCGAGGGAGCAGAAGGUCAGGGCCCUCUGCUGCUGCAGAUGGUAGUACAGCUAGGUGUGUUGCUGCAGGAGAAAGAAAGGAUCCUGGCACCCAGCCGUCUUCCGACCGCUGACAACUGCCUCGGCUCACUGGCCAAGAAAGAUUCAUCAUCUCGGUCGGCGUGCGCAGGAGUCUCUUUCACGACUCAGCACUGCUUCUCCACUGCUCUUGUUAUCAGGCUGCAGACAGAGCUGUACGCCUAUUUCCACGAGCUUCACGGCAUUCCUGCUGAGCUCUGGAAGAAUCUGGUGGUAGUGGCUCCAGUCCAUUCCCCAGCCCGUGGUUGCAUCUCCGUCACGGACAGCCUGCGCCAAGCUGUCGCUGUUGUCCAUGCGCCAGUUGAAGAUACGCUAGAUGGCUAUUGUCUGCUGGCUCUGUUGCGAAAGGUGUUUGAUAGGCUGGCAACACAGUAUAGCCCGGGCACUAAUUACUCCACAAGCAUCAUCAGCUCUGCUUCCAUUCGUCAGCACCUCCACGAGCCAAGCGACAAGUUUGAUUUCGCUGUGUACAAUGCAGAGCAAGUCCGAUCGUCUGUAGCAACACAGGGUCAUCUCUCCACUAGCCACCGUUACGUUGAUCGUGCCCCGCUUCUUCUCGAAUGGCCAGUUAACCAUGCUUCACUGCUCUCUGCACAGUCCUUUGAGUCCGUCAGAGAAAGCCUUGGUGAGUCCGACCUGCCUGCACUGGCCACCUGCCUGGGCCUUACAUCAUCAUCUUCAUCAUGUGGGCACAGUAAUCAUCUACGCGCUGCAGCAGCAUUGGUCCACAGCUGGGCAGUUACCGACUACCAUCACACCUCGACCAAGCUUCACCAGCUGCUAGUGAAAUCACCGAACGCCCAGCGCUUUGCAAAGAUCUGCAACGUGCUACGACAGCAUGAAGAACUGCUGGCCACCGAUUUCCCGGACAUAUUCCGGAAGCGUCGGGUGCAAGUCGUCCAGCCGGUCUCCACCGGAGCUACUUCCUCCACUGUUCCACCAGACUUGUCAGAGAGCGUUCCUUCGAGCAGCCAGUCACACUCUGAUCAAGCCAGUCAGUCCACUGCCGCUCGCCAAGAUGAUGCUGGCCAUGCUGAGAAUCACGCUGCUCAUGGAAGCUGUGGAAUUUUCCUAUCCACUUCACCACUCCAUGCCAUGUGGAAAACGAACGAGCGCAUUGCAAACCUGUAUCAGGAGGAUGAAGCGGAGCUCUCUGAACAAACAGACUCGGCAGAGAGCGUUCCUUUCGCCAGCCAGUCACACUCUGAUCAAGCCAGUCCAUCCACUGCCGCUCGCCAAGAUGAUGCUGGGCAUGCUGAGCAUCAUGCUGCUCAUGGCAGCUGUGGUCUUGUCCUAUCCACUUCACCACUCCAUGCCAUGCAGUCAACAGACGAACGCAUUGCAAGCCUGCAUGAGGAAGAUGAAGCGGAGCUCUCUGAACAAACAGAGACGUUCUUGGAUAACCCAUUCAAGCAUGCCACCUUUAUUGAUGAUAUCCACAUCUGGCUGCAAUCACUAGGUGCUGCUGGCCUACGUAGCAAAGCACAGGGAUACGGCUUCUUUACGGAUUUUCCUCAGAUGAAAAGGCUUAUGAUCACUGAGAAGUACGAUGGUAACGAAGCCCACAACUGUGAGCUGCUGGAUAUCAUCAUGGCACAGGAACGUGUUGGCUACAUCAAGCUGUGCAAGAUCGUCAAGGGUUAUGGACAGUACACAACACGGCUUCAGCAGAUGAACAGUUUGCUGACGGAGAGUGAUCGAGUCUAAUCAGGUUACAGGUGACUACACUCUCUAACCAGGUCAUCGUUGUCAUGGUCACUGAGGCCAGAGUCGGAACAGUGUCUGAUGUUUUCCAUUAUCAAUCAGUAGUCAUGCUGGCUAGAAAUUUGCCAUUGUGGCAAUUUGUUGUUUACUACUUCACUUGCAUAUUCCAUGCAUGUAUGUAUACCAAUCCUUCACUUGUUUGCCUCAGUAUUGAAGAGCACUAUGGAUUUGUGGUUGUGUUCACUACGGCCUUCACUCGUCUUUUUUUAGUUUUUUUAAUGAAUGUGUGUGUGUGUAUGUGUGUGUGUGUGUGUAUUCGUAUGUGCAUGUGCACUUCUUGCCGCCUUCGGGAUUUGCCUAGCUAUUUUUGUAGCACAAAGUGCUUGUGUGUAAUGCCAUUUCGCUUGCUCUUCUUCGUCAUCAAUGAUGUCCAUGUGUGUGUUUUCCCUGAAGUUCCCGUUUGGCUUGCUUUUAGUACUACAACGUAACAGAAUACACUGUCAUGGUUGUUUGCAUGUUGCACAGUUCGACUUGUUUUUAUCCAUCAUUUCUGAUCACAACAUGCUUUGUGCAUUUCACUGCAGCUUCACUUGCUAGUCUUCAUCAUUACAUCAUGGAAAUGUAUGUGUGCGUGUGUGCAUUGCGAUGUCACUUGUUUUUUUACUUUAAUUUUUUACAACCCACAGUUUCCCUCUUUUUUACCCAUCAUUCCAGACCCCAGUGAGCUUUUUGUCAUUGUUAUUCCCUUGCCAGCCUACAUCACUACCGACCUGCAAUAUGAUUGCGUGGGUGUGUGUGCAGUGAUGUUUUCAUUUGUUUUCUGUGACAGCUACAGAACAUGAUGUGUGUUUGUGUACACUGCUGUUUCGCUUGUAUCAUUUCUUUAAUAUCACUACAGCACAGAAUAGGUGUGUGGGUGGGUGUGUGGACCGAUCAUGCACUUCAUUACUUUUAUCCAUGAUGUGAGAUCACAGUGUGGUCUUUGGGCAGCUCAUCACUGUUUUCGUUGCUUUUCACUGACAGCUGUUUUCGUUGCUUUUUCUCUGCCAGCUGUUUUCGUUGCUUUUUCAUUGCCAGCUGUUUUCGUUGCUUUUCAGUGCCAGCUGUUUUCGUUGCCGUUUUUUGUUGCUUUUCGCUUCUAGUAUUCUACAUGGUGGAGUCGGCAAUGUAUUUUUCAUGCUCUGCUGUUUUCUGACUUUGUUUUCUGUAUCAGUAUGGAACACACUUUGUCGGAACUGCACUUUGCUUUGUAUGCCUUCUUUUUUAAUUACAGCACAGAAUGUGUGUGUGUGUGUCUGCACUGAUCUUGCACUUGUUUUCCUUAUCAUUGCACAACAUGAUGCGUUUACACUUUACCAAGGUUUACACCAUGUACCACUGCUGUAAUUGCCUUGCCGGAUCAUUACGUCAUUACGUCAUUACGUCAUUACGGUACACAGCUUGUUAGUGUACUGUGCACUGUACUUUCGCUAUUUUCAUCAUCAUUAUUCGGAAGUCUUGUUUUUGUUAUCCAUACGGAGACCCGA